AUGGCGAUGUUGCGGCAACAUGGCCAAAUGUUGCAACGUUUGCAACAACAGCAGCAACAGCCGCAACAACAAUUGCAACAGCAGCCGCCACAGCAGCCGCCACAGCAGCCGCCACCGCAGCCGCCACAGCAGCCGCCACAGCAGCCGCCACAGGAGCUGCAACAAUCGCAGCUGCAACAAUCGCAGUUGCAAUCACAGCAGCAGCAGCCAAAUGUCCGAGUAGGUAAUGAUAAAGACCUAAUCGGGAUGGCCUUAGCAAGGCAUGCUUUAAGAUUGCCCAGUACGAGGUCCUUAAUGGGAUGGUAUAUCGAGUCAAUUUCUAGUCGAGGUAGGACUACAUGUCCUGAUGAGGGCCUGCUUAUAUAA